UCGAAUAGGGGGAGUCCGGUGUAUAAAGCUGAGGGGGACGGCAACAGAACUUUAAACGUCUAAUGGAAGAAUUUCUUUCCCCUUUCAGAAUGCUCUGUUGUGAUCAUUACAAUGUCAGACCAGAUAUAGUAACAUUAGGCAAAGCCCUUUCUGGCGGUCUCUACCCAAUUUCGGCAGUUUUGGCUGACGAUGAAAUUAUGUUAACAAUAAAACCAGGCCAACACGGGUCAACUUAUGGAGGAAAUCCUUUAUCUGCAAAAAUAGCAAUAGAAGCAUUAAAAAUUAUUAAAGAAGAAAAUUUGUGUGAAAAUGCUUUAAAAAUGGGAAAUUUAUUAAUUAACGAAUUGAAUAAAUUACCCAAAAAUGUUGUCAGUUCUGUUAGAGGGAAAGGACUUUUAUGUGCUGUUGUUAUUAAUGAAUCAAUCGAUGCCUGGAAAAUCUGUACUCGUUUGAAGGAAAAAGGUGUUUUGGCCAAAAAUACCCACACCAAACAAAUAAUUCGUAUAGCACCUCCAUUGGUAAAUUUAUUAAAAUUCUCGUUCAAUAUAAAAUUAAAUAUUUUUUUAAAGAUAAUUAAUGAAGAACAAAUUAAAGAAAUUGCAGGCAUUAUUAAAGAAACAAUUGAAUCGUUUAAUUAA